CCGCUGCGCGGACCGAAGGCCGUUUGUGACACUGACGAGUGUUGGAGGCCCCGGCGGCGGGGAUGUGCGUGCCUCGGGCGGAGUGAGCGGCGCGCGGGGCGGCGAUGGCGACGGCGGGGGGGUCGGGCGGCCUCCCGGAGGCGGCCCCCGCGGCGCUGCAGCGGGAGCCCGUGUAUAACUGGCAGGCCACCAAGGGCUCGCUGCAGGAGCGCUUCGCCUUCCUCUUCACCAACGAGCUGCUCAGCGACGUGCGCUUCGUGGUGGGCAAGGGCGGCCCGCGGCAGCCCGGCGGCGGGGGGCCCCCCGGGCCCGGCCAGCAGCGCAUCCCCGCCCACCGCUUCUUGCUGGCCGCCGGCAGCGCCGUCUUCGACGCCAUGUUCAACGGUGGCAUGGCCACCACCUCGGCCGAGAUCGAGCUGCCCGACGUAGAGCCCGCCGCCUUCCUGGCGCUGCUCAGGUUUCUUUAUUCAGAUGAAGUUCAGAUUGGUCCUGAAACAGUUAUGACUACUCUCUACACUGCCAAGAAGUAUGCAGUCCCAGCCCUGGAAGCACAUUGUGUGGAAUUUCUCACUAAACAUCUUAGAGCAGAUAAUGCCUUUAUGCUUCUUACCCAGGCUCGAUUAUUUGAUGAACCUCAGCUUGCUAGUCUUUGUCUUGACACUAUAGACAAAAGUACAAUGGAUGCAAUAAGUGCAGAAGGUUUUACUGAUAUUGACAUAGACACACUGUGUGCAGUGUUAGAAAGAGACACACUUAGUAUUCGAGAAAGUAGACUCUUUGGAGCUGUUGUUCGCUGGGCAGAAGCAGAGUGUCAAAGACAGCAACUGCCUGUGACAUCAGGAAACAAACAGAAAGUGCUUGGAAAAGCUCUGUCUCUAAUCCGUUUUCCACUAAUGACUAUUGAAGAGUUUGCAGCAGGUCCUGCUCAGUCUGGAAUUUUGUCAGAUCGGGAAGUGGUAAAUCUCUUUUUGCAUUUUACGGUCAAUCCUAAACCUAGAGUUGAUUAUAUUGACCGACCAAGAUGCUGCCUCAGAGGAAAAGAAUGCAGCAUAAACAGGUUCCAGCAAGUGGAGAGCCGUUGGGGGUACAGCGGAACAAGUGACCGAAUCAGGUUCACAGUUAAUAGAAGAAUUUCCAUAGUGGGAUUUGGAUUGUAUGGAUCUAUUCAUGGACCCACAGAUUAUCAAGUCAAUAUACAGAUAAUUGAAUAUGAGAAAAAUCAGACGCUGGGACAAAAUGAUACUGGAUUUAGUUGUGAUGGAACUGCUAAUACAUUCAGAGUUAUGUUCAAAGAGCCUAUAGAAAUUUUGCCAACGAUCUCCUACACAGCUUGUGCAACACUCAAAGGUCCCGAUUCCCAUUAUGGUACGAAAGGAUUGAAGAAAGUAAUCCACGAAUCUCCUACUGCUAGCAAAACCUGCUUUUCCUUCUCUAGUUCACCCGGUAACAACAAUGAUGUGACAACUGAGGCAGUAGGUGUAGCUAUUGCUGCACCUCCAUCAGAAGGGGAGGCAAAUGCAGAGCUGUGUCGUUACCUUUCUAAGGUUCUAGAAGUGAAGAAGAGCGAAGUUGUUUUAGAUAAGGGUGGUAAAUCUCGUGAAAAAGUGGUGAAGAUUUUGGUGUCGAUGACUCCGGAUGAGGUUUUGGAGAAACUGAAAAAAGAAGCUACCAGUUGAGACAAAACAAAAGCAGGAAAUGGAACAGUGUGUCUUGAAAAUCUUUCAUUGAAUGUAAAGAGGAGGAGGGACAUUCUUCAAUGAGAGCACACAAAUGCAGGCUGUGGGUCACUUACGAGAUUCUUUUGUGUAAAUAUGUAGAUAAAUUUAAGUACACUGUAAAUUACAAAUCUCUUCCCUAUUCUUCCAUACUCUAAACUUUGGUUUAAAUAAUCCCACAAAACUAAGGCCCAAGCUAGAAGUGGAAACAGGAUUUAUCGUUAGGUAGGAAAGCCAUCUUAACCCUGAAAUUUAGCUGAAUCUACAUCACGAAUUCAAAAUAGCCUCCUAAGCGUAAACCCAGUCCUGAUGAGUAUUUGGGCAAUGUUUUUGAAUGCAGGCAUAAUUAUUUUUGGUUCACAAAGUAAAAAGCUUGGAGUGACAGGCUUAUGAUAAAGCACUGGAACGAUGUUGAGAAAUAUGGUGCAGAAGAAAAAAUCAAUUUAGAAGUGAGAGCCUAAAAGAGCAAUCAGUGUAAUAUAUAGUGGCAUGCGUAGGGUCCAAUUCUACUCUUGUCUACACCUCUGUAAAUCCAGAGUAAUGCCUUUGAAGCCAGAGGCAUUGCCCUGGAUUUACAUAGGAGCAGAACUUUUCCCUUAAGCAGUCAGAAGAAUUGAGUCUGCAAUAUGAGAAAUUGAUACAGUACUUAAGCAGCAAGUACACAGAAGCUUGCUUUGAUUCAGUAGGAAGCCUAUAAUCAGAGUUGCCUAAUAAAGAUAGAGCUUCUAAUAGAGUGGUCAGAAGUGGUAUCUUCACCUUAUGUGCCAAAUGUAGCAAUUUGUUUUGUUUAAUAAAAACACAGCACUAAGUUUCAUCAACAGUUCUUGUAUUUUCAAGGAGAACGGAUUUUUUCUAGCUGUGACUUGACUAGUAAAACAAAAUUAGUUUGUUUUUAGACAGUCUUACCAAGAACAAACAAAAUUGCUGCUGACCUUCUCUUGAUCUAAAUAAAUGAGUUGUGUUCAAGAAUCAGUUUCCAGCCCAUAGAAAACUGAGCAAAGUGAAGUAAUACAUGGAGUGGUGUUAAAGAGUGCAAAGAUUAUACAUGAGAUGAAAUGGGAGAAGUAGAUGUAAUUGUCUUAAUCGCUCUUGACAAAGUACUGGAAUGCAAGCUUGUGUUCCCCACUAAUAAAUGUGAUGUCACUAUAUUCGGCUGCUUCAGCUAUCCUCUUAGGUUGCAGCUGUUACGGGUUAGAUUGUGUUACUUUCUACGUUGUUUCUAUCCAACAGCUGUAAUGUGUAAAUGUGAUUUUAUAAGUUUAAUGCCUAAAAGUCAAUAAACCGGUCUAAAAGCCCA